GUAUCAUCGAGAAGCAAUAAAUCUUUGCGCUGGAAGAACUCGGUGUGCUUGUUGCUGCAGGGAGCACAGCAAAGAAAGGAAGUGUCUGUGAAACCACAUCCCUGGUCUCUCAAUGUUUAUCUGUACUGGUGAGCAAAAGGACAGAAUUUGCCAGACACGACGGGGGGUGUUGAAAUAAUUUGGUAGAACAUCCUUACUGGAAACCUUUCACCUGCCCCAGAAUACAGAUGGUAUUUUCUGACUGCCCAGCGCUGGAUUUCUGCCAGAAGGGAUUUGACUAGACUUUGCCUGUGACUCAGAACAGAGUUGGGAACCUCUUUUUUUUUUUUUCCCCCUUUUGAAAAAUGAAGUGAAAGUUUAUCAACCUGUACAGUUAAAUGAAAGAUCAGCCAGCCAAAUGAGGAAGUAAAACCUUCCUGCAGAAUGAGUUCUAACCUGCUUGCUGUACUUGUUUGCUUUCAGUUGACAUCAGCCUUGUCAUAAAGUCUCUAAAUACAGGCUGACUUCCUUGUGAGCUCAGUACUACUCUGAAUCCAGCUUCUGGCACACUAGUGGUGGGAUGAUAUUGCUGGGACUCAGAAACAGCAGCUGUCAGGUAACAUGCAGAGCAAGUGGGACCGCCUGUGAGUACAGCCCUCUGUGGUGCUUGCUUCUAUUAUUUCAGUGAAUGCAUCAGGGAAGGUGGGGAAGGAAAACACAGUUCAGUUUUCAGCCAUUAGGAUGAUAAAUCACUAGUCUGUUAUAAAGACAUUAUGUGCAUCACUGUAAUUUGUAAAUGUAAAAAUUCCUGUUUAUCUGAAAGUGCAGUAACCCAACUUCUUUCAGAGAAAAAGUUCAUGGAAAAGCUCAAAUGAGCUUGUAGACUCAGCUGAUUUGGGACCUGGUUCUGGGGACAGAGGAGGAAGAAGUAGCACAGAUCUAAGAUGUGAAGGGCGAUACUGCCAUGGCAUGGAGCUGUCCCUGUGCUCCUGGCCUUACUCCAUGUGCACAUCUGAUUCAGAGAAGACCCAAACCUUCUCUGCCUUGACCAACACCAGGUCCUGCCCUGCAGUUCAGAAGCGGGGCAGGAGCCACCUCCCUGGCUGGUCCCCUGUUGGCCAGGGGGGCCUCUGUGUGAGCUUUGAGAAAUUCCCGUUCUCCCUCGAUCGAGUUGAUCCUUACUUAAUGUUCUGUGGCCUGAGGCGUUUGGAGGUGCUGCUCAAACAGGUGCCCUGAAGGGAUCUGCUCCUGCUUGUCAUGCUGCAAAUGGAGUAUGCAGCUGGCAGAAAGACUGGACAAAACCUAUUUUCUAAAGUAGUUUAAGCAGAUUUAGAAUAUAACCAAUAGUUGUUUGGAAAGCUUUUACAAAGUUUUCAAAUCACUAUUUUCUGAUCUUCCAAAUUUGUCAAAAGAUGAAAAAGACAGAAGACCUUUGCAAGUCUCAUAACUUCUUGGUCAAUAUUUCUUUUAUACCUAAAAUGUUAAGAUUGAGAUAGUAUUUUUGUAAACAUGUCACUGAAGAUGUUCCUUCUAGCUGUGUUUGUGUAGGUGAGAAGGGACACAACACUAUAGAAACAAUACUGUUUUUUAAGCUAGAACAUAGGAACACAUGAUUACCUGUGGAUAAAUUUAGUCUGGAAAUGAGAAGACUUUGAUUAUUAGAGGAGGAAAAACAAGAGCAGCUUCCCAGUAGAGUUAUCUGGUGGAGGGGGAGCAGAAGCAGGGGAGGAAGUGCAGGUAGUUUGAAAACGAAGCUUGUAAGGUUUAUAAGUGAGAUUUUGCAACUUCUGCUGAACUCUGUGACACACAGCUUCUCCUCUUGUCAUAUGUUUUUGUGCUUGCUACAAGCAACCAAUGACCUGUUGGACUUGCUUACUCUAUUGAUUGUUUACUAAAGCGUAAGUUAAUAACUUUAUUAUCAUGUAAUUCUGCCUUUAUAAGGAGGACCUCAGUGUUAGCUGUAACCAAGGCUUUUAUCUCAGGCUUUCAAACUUGCUCUUUCUGUGGUGAAAACUCUACAGUCACAGUGUUGCUCAUUUUUAAUACUGUAGCAGAAAUCCAGUGGUUGACUUCACAGAGCUAGUGCACUGCUGAUGAAGGCUGAUACUGCAUGAUGCAAACCCCAGGUCUCAGGGCAAGCUCAGUGUUUUCCGUACACUGCCCCAGCUCACUGAGCUGAAGGGGUCCAUUGCUUGCACAGAGGAUCCCAAGCCUCGCAAAACGGUGCCUCUGCUCAUCGGGGAAAAGGAUGCAGGCACAGACUGCACGUUUGAGGCUUCCUGGAGCAGCGGGGCUGGCCCUAGGUCAGAAGACCCAUUCUGGUGAGCCACCUCCCUUCAGCAAACGUUCAUGUGUGGCUGAGUUCUUCAGAAAGGAGCUGUUCGGUGCACACUGAGAGGCAAAUGUGGCCUUUACACACUCUAUGGUUAGAAAUCUGGUAAAAUUCUGAAGAAUUAAAUUGCAUCUACUUUCCUUUUAAACCCAGGAUGAACUUAUACACAACACAACAUCAUACUGACAUGGAAGAUUGCUCUGAUAUGCAAGGUCAGCAACAGAAUGAGUAGAAAUAAAGGCUUAAAAAUAAUAAUGAUGACUUAUUAAAUUAUGCAUUCAAUAUUUUCUAUUAGACCUGAGGGCAGAUAAUCAUUUCAGUUUUUCAUUUACAAUAAUUUAUUAAAUAAUCUAGGCAAAAAUAAAUUCUAGUAGUACACGUUAACUGAAGUGUUUGGAGCUAACACCUGAAAGUAGGGUUUGCUACAUCGCUAGCCCAGCUGUUACAGUUUGAGCUUUUUUUCAGGUACAAAAAUAUUAAUAUAUUUCAGUUCAGUGAGUCAUCAUCUCAGAGCUAAGGAAUCAAUUUGGUACUGGAAAAGCAGGGGGUUUUUACAAGGUUCUCCAAUGCUGUAGGCAUGUAGGGAGCCUCAGGAGUCAGGGCUGGCUGCCUCACAGAGCGCUUCAGAGCUUGCUGCACCUUCUUCCCUGACCAGCCUGGACCUUGCUGGUGAGCCAUCUGCACUAGUUCCACAGUUCUGCACUGUGGAUGGAACUGCAGUGAAGGGGAGUGGGCCACACUAGCUUUUUACAUAUGGGUAGAUGUAGCAGCCCUAGCUUUAAUCCAGGCAGCUCUAAUAAUUGCAGAGAAGAUGUGAGGGAAGCUUUGGUGCAAGCAUGCCAACCAUGUCUGAAAAUAUUUUGCUUGAUGGAUAAGUAGUCACUGCAGGUGUCCUUCUGUUGUCACACUUUUUAGAUUGAAGCAGUUCUGGGUAUGUCUGCCUCUGUUGCCCAUCACGUUCAUUUACUGGGCAGACCAGAAACAUAUAUAAUGAAGUUCUAGAGAAGCUUGAGUAACACUUGCUGCUACUUUGGCACACUCAUUUCUGAAUUACCAAUUUCUCUUGACAAUGAAUCUAAGUGAAAUUGAAACCACAAUUGUGUGCUUCCAACCACUACGCAGACAGCUUUCAGAAAACAAGUUGCUUCUCUGUAUAUAAAAAUCCUCACUGAAAUAGAAAAUAACAGGAAAAUAGUAAGUCAGGCAUCAUCGGAACAGAUGACUGACCGAAUUUCAUAAGUAUGUCUGUGUAUAAACAUAGAGGCAUAUACUAGGAAAUGUAAUAUUAAAAAAAAAAAAGAACUUUCAGAGUUCAAAGCUACCUUGCAAAUAACACGUUUACUUAAAUCACUUGAUGAAAUUUGCUGUUUUUGCUAAGUUGCUAUGGCAUCUGAGAUCAUCCAACAACAUUUGACAGAUUUUUAUCUGUCAUUCAUUAACCGCACUGAGCAAAUUGAAAAUCCCCAUUUACACUGUCUUUUGUAUCAUUUCCUGUGAGAUAAGUUUGAAGAACAAACUUACGCAUACAAUGUGUGUACAUGUACAAAGAAACUUGCAUAGCUCAUGAAGUAGGAUGACACCUGUCUGACAUAAUGCCUGGUGUAUGACAAGCUUUGCAUGGAACACUUCAGUGUACUUAUAAAUAAGAGUGGACCAGAAAAAUGCUUAAAUGUUGAGGGAAGACAGCUACUCCGAUUGUCUCUUUGUUUUACACUGGACAAAUAACUGAGAUUGUACAUUCUUCCUUAACACUUGCAUUUUGUUACUUCUAGUCUUUCCUCCUAAAGCUGAUGCUUGUUGAAUGAGGCUGUGAAGACAGAAGCAUUGCGUUUAAACGCACAUAAAUGCCUGCUAAGAUGGCAUUGGCUAGUUCACUUUCUAGCAAGGCAGUACCACCACGCUCCAGAAGAGUUCCUAGACUGGAAGUGCACCAGAGCAAGCUGGAUUUUUUUUGCAAGCUGGGCUACAGUAAGCAGGACAUCUGCAAAGUGCUAGAGACCCUGGGCCAAGAGGCUCUGGAGGAUGAUGUGCUGAAAGAGCUGAUUCGGAUGGGGAGCAAACCUCAAGCUCUGGAGAGCCAGGUUCAGCCUGCCCCACUAAAACUGGUUGCCCGGGGAUCAGGUAGCGUUCCAGACAUGCCACCGUGGCUUGGUGAAGAUGGAAGUGAUUCCUCCAGUCAUUUGAGACCCAUCGUGAUCGAUGGCAGCAACGUUGCAAUGAGCCAUGGAAACAAAGAAGUAUUCUCCUGCUGGGGGAUCCGACUGGCCGUGGAUUGGUUCCGACAGAGGGGACACAUGUACAUCAAGGUUUUUGUCCCAUCCUGGAGAAAGGAACCUCCUCGACAAGACAGUCCCAUCGCAGAUCAGCACAUUCUUGAAGAGCUUGAAAAGCAAUCGAUUCUUGUGUAUACCCCAUCCCGGAAGGUGAAAGGCAAGAGGGUAGUUUGCUAUGAUGAUCGCUAUAUAGUUAAAGUUGCGUAUGAGAAAGAUGGAGUCAUUGUUUCCAAUGAUCACUACCGGGAUCUCCAAAAUGAAAACCCUGAGUGGAAAUGGUUCAUUGAGCAGCGACUACUCAUGUACUCUUUUGUCAGUAACAGGUUUAUGCCUCCUGAUGACCCAUUAGGCCGUCAUGGACCCACUCUUAACAAUUUCCUCAGCAAAAAGCCAGUGCUUCCUGAACCAAAAUGGCAACCUUGCCCAUAUGGAAAAAAAUGCACUUAUGGCAAUAAAUGCAAAUUUUACCACCCAGAAAGACCACAUCAAGCUCAGCUAUCAGUUGCUGAUGAGCUCAGAGCCAAAAUAAAGGUCUCAUUAAGCCUAGGGACAGAGGAAGAGAAGUCUCCCUACAGGACUGGAGGAGAGAAUAUACCUCACGAUGCCUGUACAGAAAUGCUGCAAGAAGCUAGCAGCUGUGCAGGGGAUUCCUGCUGUGUGGAGUGGUCCAAGGGGAGCUAUCAUGAGCAGUCAGCUGGUGCCUGGGCCAGUGGCCCGAACGCUGAAGUGGAAAUGGACCAGCGGUUGUUAAAGCCAGAUCUACAGAGAGACCAACAGCUCAUGGAAAAGAUGGCAGCGAUAUUGAUCAGUGAUGAUACAUAUUGUAGACAGAGGGCCGUAUGUACCUCUCAAGACCGGGAGGUGACAGACAGUCCCCAUCACUGUUGCAACCUCAGGCACAAUCCAUACUUGAUGUCUCACCACCAUAGUUUGGGCUGUAGCUGCUUACCAGGAUGCAGCUUCCAUUGGAUGAUACUUCCGUCUGCUCAAGGCAGGAGGCAUCCAGACCACACCUGGCCUCAGCACAGUUGCAGCAUGCAAGUACCAGCAAGGCUGGAUCAGAAGAGCCAGUAUGUCCCUAACAGAGCUCAGCACAUGCCACCUCCUGCAGCACCUCCCACUGACCCAUUUCACUUCCACAGCGAGCAUCAGCUACAGCAGCAGCGUUGUUUCCCCAGCCAGCCUCCACCUCAGCCCUUUCUCUUAGACUCCAGCAAGGGUCUUGGCUUCCUCCAGAAAGCAUACACUUACCCAGAGGCUGCUUACUGGCCUGUCUGCACUGCCCAACCACCGUCUGGCCAGCAAGCAAACAUCCACAGGGAGCUGUGCUCCAUUUUCCCAUCUGAUGAGGUGAAUGAAGUCAUGGCUCUGUACCCUGAUCUCAAGGAUAUUGCUAGCUUGACUUUACUAAUUCAGAGACACAGAAACUUGUGAAACCCCCAAAUUAAACCUUUCCCCAUAAGCACAAGUCCUGAGGACCGAGCUGCUAUUCUGACAUUUAACUCAGUGUUAUAAAGGCUUUGAAAGGUGUUAUAGCAGUUCAAAUAGCACAAGUUAAGCACCCACCAGCUGUGUUGCAUAGGGCAUCAGUGCGUCCCUGUCUUACAGCUGCAUGCUGUCCUGCCUUCCAGAGUGUGAAUCAAGGCAAAGUCAUUCUGAGGCCAAGGAGAGGGCGCAGCCUAAUUGAGCUGACAGCACUGAAUUGCACUGUUGGCUGGUUUUAGGAUGGUACAGAUCUUCAUUAAUGCCUUGAAACACUAGACCAGUUUUAAAGUCUUUGCACAGCAGUUCAACUACUGUAAAAGAGCCAUUCCCAAAGGGUCCCUUUGUAGGCCCCUUCAUGGACUGAUUAUCACUAGCUUUCUGAACCAGCUUAAAAAGCAGUUUGGCAUAUUUCCCUUAACACUGGUCUGUGCUGUCUGCUGGAAGGUGACUUUGGGUCCUUGUUAUUGCCUGAUGUCUUUAAUUACUGAAGCAGCUAUGUCAUAUAGGUCCAGCCCUACACAUCAGUGAACUGCAAAAGAUAGGACUAGUGUUUAUGUCUAUGCUUUGAAUGCACUAAAUUGCUAGUGGAGGUACUCCAGUACAUUUGGAAACAACUGCAGGUAAAUUUUUCAGGGAACAUGCACAAUGUAACUCAAAUGGGGAAAGUCAUCUUUAACAUAACUCUUGAUGUGAGUCAAAGGCUCAGGGUCAUCUUUUCUUUUCUGAAUUAACACAAAUGAUAACAAGAAAAAAAAUUUUUUCUAUUCCAGUGAACAUGAAACACAUGGUUGAAUUAAAGGUUAAUUACCAAAUAUGGUCUAGUACUACAGCUGGUUAUAAUUACAAACAUUUAAACUGUGUUCUGUUGGGACAUGCUUGAUUUUUAGUAAGCUGUGAAGCUGCUAGCCUCUGCAUUUUUCACUGAAUUCUUCAGGCUAUUGUUCAGAUAUUAAAGUUGAUCCUGGAAAGUUUUUGGCAUUUUACCAAAGUUUAAGUAUGUCAUUGUGACAUGUUUUAAAAACUCUGUAACAUAUAAAAUGAAUAUUUAGCGCACUUUAUCCUGUGAAUAACAUGUUUUUAAACUUUUUUUUUUUUUUUUUCAUUUCAUGCCUCUCUGCACCAAUGCUUGAUUAAGUCCAAGAUGCAGGUGCUAUUUAUAAAAUCUCUCAUAUUGCAGAAUAUCUCUAUUAGGUUCUUCUCAGAAGAACCAUUGCAAUCAGUGAUGAUGUUCCCAGGCACAAAUUAAACAUAGCUCUCUUCCAGGCAUCAGCAGGCUGACACCUCUCAAUUGUUGUAUUUUGGAAAAGGUGACUCAGGGAUAGUAAUUUACCUUAGCGACAUUAUCACAUGAUGCUUUUUUAUAGCAGUGAUAUUUUGGCCUGUUUUCCUUUGGAAACCAGCAGUAGCUUAGUUUAUUUAAAGAAUCUUGAGGAAAUAAGUAAGCUGAAUCAAUUUUAUUCACAGGGUAAUUAGCUCCAUCAAGAAAUUCUAUUAGAGUUGUGAGGUGUAUGACUUCUCUUCACCCCCCCAAAAAAAAGUGUCACAAAUUUUUCACUAAUUAGUCAUUAUAAAUAGUUUCCGAUAGUUUCCUGGUUCAGACUGGUAAGUUUUGGAUCAUGAGAAUGGCUCAGUGUAUGUUAUCCACAGCAUAAUAUAUGAAGAUUAGAAAUGACAUUAAAAACAAAACCAUGCAAUUAGUGUCCCAUGAAUUGCUUUGAAAAGCGUUUGAGUACUACAGCCAUCUUUAUUUGCUCUGAAAUAGGCUAUGCACCACUUGUUUUUUCAACACAUUAAAUUGUCCAGAAACAUUUCCUGGAUUAAGUGCUUACAUUGUGAUUAUGCAAGUACAGGCUCACUGGAAUGCUGAACCACUUGUAGCAGGAGCUUUUCAAACUAAUGGUGUACAUAUAUAUACAUGCACAAAGCAGUGUGAUGCAGAGUGAAAAAAACACCUUCCACAUUCUCAAAUAGAGCAAGUUCUGAGUGAUAAUGUUCAGGAAGUAUAUGAACAGCAAUAGAAGUGGAUAUAACCACAUGUCAACAUUUUUUUUUUCAGCUGAUAUGUACAUUACAUAUUUCAAUACAGAAAGCAUUUAAAUAUGUAGUAAAACUAGCAUGAUAACUUUAUAUAGUGUCCUCAGCUUGCAGAUGAGAUAUGUGCACAAGCUUUUCUCCUUUUCUUGGAGGAUGCACAGGAAUUCCCUAACAUUUUUAAACAGAUAAGUUGUUAAACAUGAAGAGAGUUGUGAACAAAUAACAUUUUGCUUUCAUUUCUGUUUUAUUUACUAGGGAAUCUUACAGUAAGAUACUUAGAACAUGCAUUCUGCUAAGAAAGUGUUUGAGAAAAUAAAUCAAACUUUGGUGCUAAACAGAA